AUGUCUCAAUUGAUUUUCAAUCUCAAAAGCUUCUCUCGCUCUAUCAAUAACAUGAUCGUAAUGAGAAGAUACGUUUUGAUCACACAAGCCUCUCAAAGGGCAUAUGCAAUCGGAGGCAGCCGAGAGAAGCCAUCGUGGACACCAGACCUUGAUACCGGAUACUAUAGACCUGAAACCAUAGCAAAAGAGUUAGAUCCAUACAUUGUGACAACCUCUAAAAGUGAAGUUAAAACGAGGAGAGGAGAAGAGUUAUGGUGGAUGCCUGAUCCUCAAACCGGAUUCUAUAGGCCCGACACUUUUGUGAAAGAGCUCGACGCGGUUGAGCUACGGUCAAUGCACGAGAAUAAAAGGACCUUGUGA